AUGUGCCAGGAUGCUAUCAUCAUUGGCGCGGGCGUGAUAGGAAAUUCCAUUGCAACUGAGCUCUCCCGCAGUGGUUGGCGCACGCUCAAUGUCGAUAAGCUGAAGGGCGCUGGUCAGGGUUCUACAGGCUACUCUUCAGGCAUUUGCCGCACAAUGUACAGCCUGCUGGAUAGUGUGAAAUUUGCCUGGGAGGGGUUCACCUACUUUGAGAACUGGGAAGAACACAUCGGAGUGCAGGAUCCCCACGGUUUCGCGCAUUUGCGCCGCUGUGGCGCCCUAGUCUUGCGUUCAGAGGCUUCCCAGCAGUUCCUAGACCGCGUAAUCGCAAGCCAUGAUGCAGUCGGACUGCCGUACGAGUACUGGGAGGCAUCAGACAUAGCGACGCGAAUGCAUUUUGACCUCCAGAGUUAUGGCCCGCAGGUGCGCAUUGAUGACGACACUUUCGGUGAGCCCAAGGGUAAGGAAAUCGGAGGGGGCGUUUUUUUCCCGAUGGCAGGCUAUGUCAGCGACCCGAUGCUCGCAGCCAGGAAUCUGCAGACCGCGUCUGAGGCAACCGGGCGUUCAGACUACUUGUUUGGCGAAACGGUGACGGCUAUCCGGCGGGAGAGUGGGCGCGUUGCAGGCAUCAGCUGCGCUAGUGGCUUGGAGCUCGACAGUCCGGUGGUCAUCAACGUGGCAGGGCCUCACUCUGCGCAGGUGACAAAGUUGGCUUUCCUGGAUCCGGCAGAGAACGACAUGGCCAUUCACACCAAGCCGAUGCGCCAGGAAGUCGCUUAUGUCAACCCGCCUCCGGGCGUCUCCUGGGACGAAGACGGCCCAGGUUUGAUCUGCACGGACCUGGACAUUGGGGUCUACUUCAGGCCUGAAGUCGGAGGCAAAAUCCUCGUCGGCAGUGUGGAGCCGCAGUGUGACGAGGCAUUCCAUAUUUUCCCAGAUGACCCUGAGGCAGUGUAUCCAGGAAGAGAGCUCGCAGCGCUGACGGAUCAGUGGACGAACCAGGUCUACCGGCUCGCCUUGCGUAUGCCAUCUUUGCAUCUUCCAGACUCUCAGAGUGCGCAGGGCUGCAGCGCGUGCUACGACGUGACAGAGGAUUGGGUACCAAUCUACGACAAAUCGUCCUUGCCAGGCUUCUACAUGGCCAUUGGCACCAGUGGCAACCAGUUCAAAAAUGCUGGCGUUGUUGGCCGGCUCAUGCGUGAGUUGAUAGAGGCCACCGAGGGUGGCCAAGACACUGACAAGAAGCCUCUGGAUUUCCAGCUUCAGAGGAUUCCUUGCGGCGGCAGCAUCAGUUCUACCACCUUCUCGCGGAAGCGGCAGAGGCUUCAGACAAGUGGCUCGGUUUUGGGCUGA